AUGUCUUCCUCCCGGUCCCCAGGAUCCGGUACUAACACGCCAAAGGCCUCGACCUAUCUGAUGCCCACCAGUCCUUCCGCCAAGAGCUCGGUCUCUUUCGGGGAUGCCCUCAAACCACAAAUUUCAAAGACCACCGGUCACAAACCUGCCUGCCUGGUGAAUGCCUCGGUCACAUAUUGCGGGAACGAUCAAAUCUAUGCGUUUGGGGGCUUCGACCAGUUUACGGACGAAGUCUACAAUCACGUGCUGAGGCUGAAUCUGAAGACGCUAAAUUGGACGCUAGUGGACAACUAUGGAGACAUCCCUGGCGUGCGUAUGGGGCAUUCCGCCUCGCUCUAUCAAGGCGACAAACUGCUGGUGUAUGGUGGAGAAAACGAGCACCGUGAAUAUUUGUCGGACGUGGUCAUUCUCAACCUCAAAGAUCAUCAUUGGACUCAGCCCGACAUUCAAGGACCCAUCCCUAAAGGCCGCGCGCGGCACGCUGCAGUCGUCUAUGAGGACAAAUUAUUUGUCAUUGGUGGUCUGACGGGGGAAGCUAACUACAUCCUCGAUGAUAUCUGCUAUCUCGAUCUCAAAACCUGGACAUGGUCCAAAACUUGGAGCUUUGUUCAAAGAUUCGACCACAGUGCAUGGAUUUGGGGCGGUCGGCUCUGGGUUCUGGGUGGAUUGGGUGCUGAUAUGGAGCGCCCAUCUGAAAUAUGGUGGCUGGAUCUCAAAGGAAACCCUGCUCUUUCGGGAUCGGGAAGACAAUAUUCGACAAUGGGUCGAAUGGCCCCUGCUCGACAUGAUCAGUUCUUGCACCCCAUGCGGGCCGACCGGAGUGAUACGUACACGGCGAACUCGGGCAGCAUCCACAUUCGUUCUUCUCGACGAGAAAAACCCACUGCGCCGGGUGCAAUAUCGUCUCUGAAAUUUGUGUCUGGGCCACAUGUACCGCUUCAAUCGUCAGGCACUCAUUUCCACGUCUGCUCGUCCGGAUCUCUCCUCGAUUUUGUCACGCCAUCAUCAACCAUUCGUCACAAUGAAUGCAACCUGUCGUCUCUCGAGCUGGACUCAUUGAGAUGGCAGCGCUUGGUAGAAGGGCCCGAGCUCUUCAAGCCUGGGUACAAAUGGCAUUAUUGCACCAUCAAUGAAGAUGGGACCCAGGUGUGGCUCCUUGGUUCCCCUGCUGAUGAGGCCACCACCUCUACCCAAGAGUUGCAAUUGAGCGAAGUUCUGGCCGUCGACCUCAAGAGAUAUGGCUUGCUCGGCUCCCAGGAUUCGACUUUGUCGUCGGAGCAAAACCGUAUCCUUGCUUCUGAACGACAAACAGUCCACAACGCCUCCGCUUUUGGUGUCGGUUCAGGACUUGGUGCCGAUUUUGCGUUGAUCUUCGACCAGCCUCCUGAAUCCAACAGCAUGAGCGAUUUUAUCAUCACCGCCAAUCUUGACACGGUGGAUGACGACGAAGCAUCAGAAGUCAGCUCACAACUUCGUUUUUCGCCCAACUCGGCCAGCAGUCCAAUGUUCCUGUCAGACACUUCCAACAUAUCUCAACCGAUCCACGUCCAUAAAAUGAUCCUUCAAGCCCGGUGGCCGCACUUCAAACGUCUCUACGCGGCCAAAAUGAUCGAAUAUCAGACCUCACGCAUGCACAUUCCCGAGCCAUAUUCGGUUGUUCGUGCUUUCCUGUACUACUUAUAUACCGACAGCAUCGCGCCACACCCCGACUUCUGUCGAGAUCUUAACGAUGUGGCAGGGAUGCUGGUUAUGGCUAACUUGUACGACAUGCCCAGGCUUCGCCUUCUGUGUGUAAAUCGCCUCUCCCGCGAGAUCGACAUUGAACAUGCUGCUGUCAUCUGGGAGCGUGCCGGUCGAACUGGAGAGGACUGGUUGAGAGCACGCGCGGCACGGUUCUGUCUGAUGAAUUGGGGCCGGAUCGUGAGGACCGAAGGCUUUAGAAGUCUCAGCCGUCAGAGUCUCAUGGAAUUGUGUGAGGCCGGGGAUAUGGAAGGCCGAGUCGUAGGUGGUGAGGAGCUUGACGACGCCGGUGCUGACGCAUUUGCAUUUGGUGGCCAUCGGUAUCGAAGAAGAAGUCAUCGACCGAGCGAGGCGGCGGAUGAAACCGAAGGGGAUGACGAAGAUGGUAUGGAUAUCAAUUGA